GCUUAGGCUGCGCGCUUCUGCCGGUGGCCCUCUUUCUCUAGCUGCCUAGACUGUGGCUUCCAUCCCGAGCCAUGGGCUGCCGGGUUCUCCUGCUUUUACCUUUCCUGUCACUCGGGGCCGCCAGGAUGAUCCGGCCUGGGCCAAAAGCCACCGGCAACCUGCACUUGCCAAACAACCCCACAGCUGGCCCUGCUGUAGCCAAUAGCUAUUCAGUUUUUUACUUCCAACAGAAGGUUGAUCACUUUGGAUUUUCUGACUCAAGAACUUUUGAACAGCGGUACCUAAUAGCUGAUAAACAUUGGCAGACAAAUGGUGGCUCAAUACUUUUCUACACUGGUAAUGAAGGGGACAUUGUCUGGUUUUGCAAUAAUACGGGGUUCAUGUGGGAUGUGGCUGAGGAGCUGAAAGCUAUGCUGGUGUUUGCUGAACAUCGAUACUAUGGGGAAUCCCUUCCCUUUGGGGAGGACUCAUUCAAGGAUUCCCAACACUUGAAUUUUCUGACAUCCGAACAAGCUCUGGCUGAUUUUGCAGAGUUAAUCAGACACUUGAAAGAAACUGUCCCAGGAGCUGAAAAUCAACCUGUCAUUGUCAUCGGGGGCUCUUAUGGUGGCAUGCUUGCAGCCUGGUUCAGGAUGAAAUAUCCUCACUUAGUAGUUGGAGCUCUGGCAGCUUCUGCCCCUAUCUGGCAGUUUGAGGAUCUGGUUCCCUGUAGUGUGUUUAUGAAGAUUGUAACUGAAGAUUUUAGGAAAAGUGGUCCAUAUUGUUCAGAGAGCAUCCGCAGAUCCUGGGAUGCCAUUAACCGACUCUCAAGUACAGGCAGUGGUCUCCAACAGCUCUCAAAGACCCUUCACCUAUGUAGCCCUUUGACUCCUGGGGACAUCUCAAAUUUAAAAGAUUGGAUCUCGGAGACCUGGGUGAACCUGGCUAUGGUGGACUACCCUUAUGAAGCCAACUUUUUACAGCCCUUGCCUGCUUGGCCUGUCAAGGUAGUGUGCCAAUAUUUGAAAAAUCCUAAUGUAUCUGAUACAGUGCUGAUGGAGAAUAUUUUCCAAGCUCUGAAUAUAUAUUAUAAUUAUUCAGGCCAAGUACAAUGCCUGAAUAUUUCACAAACAACUACUAGCAGUCUAGGCUCCACUGGCUGGAGCUACCAGUCCUGCACAGAAAUGGUCAUGCCCUUUUGUACUAAUGGUGUUGAUGACAUGUUUGAAAGUUAUCUGUGGGACUUAGAUAAGUUUUCCGAGGAUUGUUUUAGCCAAUGGGGUGUGAAACCACGGCCUUAUUGGAUAACUACUUUGUAUGGUGGCAAAAACAUCAGUUCACACUCAAACAUCAUCUUCAGCAAUGGUGACUUAGACCCAUGGUCAGGAGGUGGAGUGACCAAAGACAUUACAGAUACCCUGGUGGCCAUCAAUAUCCCCAACGGGGCCCACCAUUUAGAUCUCCGAGCAGGCACUGCCCUUGACCCUUCCACGGUGCUGCUAUCUCGCUUACUGGAAGUUAAACACAUGAAGAAAUGGAUCGCAGAUUUUUAUAAAAAUGCCAAAGUUUAAAAAAAAUAAUGACUUUUUGUUUUCUUCUUUUAUGUUCACUACACCCACAUUCCCACUCACUUUGAUUUUCUGUAUGGAAUUGCUUUCCCUCUUUUGUCAUAUUUGUUGGGCCAAAGUUGAGACAAAAGAGAGUGACAGGGGUGGGCACAGCCAUCCCACCCCGGGAAUGCUCCGUCCUCUUUGUCUUUUAUCAUCUCCUGGAAGAAUUUGUCAUCAUGGCAGCUCACAUGCCAUCAGAACUGGCAUGGUUGCUGACUGUCUUUCCCCAGAGGGACAGGCACUUCUUGCCUCUUCAAGCCGCGAUGUCUCCUUGGUUUUGAGGCUGAAGUCUCUGGUCCCCGUUCCUGCCACAAGAGGAGAAGCAGGAGCUAGAUUAAAAACGCUGCAGCUGCAGCUGCAGCUGGUAGGAUGUGUGAUGCCAAUCCAGGAAACGGGGCCACUGCCUUUGAGCUCGAUGACUGCCUUUGAACUGGGCUGCAAUAAAGAACAAGGCAGACCUA